AUGGUGAGGCUCUUGCUGCUCCUGCUGCUGCCUCACACAAUGUGCAAAGGCAGGAGAAUGAAGUGCCUUGCCGUUGAUCCAAUCCCUGUGCCUCAUGAAUGGUACCAGGCAGGUGACCUCCUCAUUGGUGGGAUUGCUUCUCACAUCACUUACUAUUUUAAGGAAUUAUUAUUCAUGGAACAUCCUUCUCAGGACCUGUUUGACACCCCACAUAUAACCACAAAGUUCUAUCAGAACAUCCUGGCCUUGGUGUUUGCCAUAAAAGAGAUCAAUGACAAUCCAAAGAUCUUGCCCAAUGUCACCCUUGGUUUCCACAUCUAUGACAGCUAUUCUGAUGCGAGAAUGACCUAUCGAAGCACUUUGGACCUUCUCUUCAAACGGCAAAGAUUUGUCCCCAACUACAAAUGUGACACUCAGAAAAACCUCAUGGCUGUGAUUGGGGGACUUACUUCUGACACUUCUAUCCAAAUGGCAGAUAUCUUAAGUCUCUACAGGGCUCCACAGAUCAACUCAUUUCUUCAAGGUGUUUCAUUUAACAACUCAGCGGGAGAAACGGUAUCAUUUAAUGAUAAGAGGGAAGUGAGAGGAGGAUUUGACAUCAUGAAUCUGGUCACAUUCACAAACACGUCUUUCAAGAGAGUGAAAGUUGGAUCGGUGCUUCCCUCUUCUUUGUGCAAUGAACCCUGCCACUCUGGUCAUCAGAAGAAAAGGAAGGAAGGGGAAAAGUUUUGUUGUUAUGAUUGUGCUCCAUGCCCAGCAGGGAAGAUCUCAAACCAGACGGAUAUGGACGUAUGUUUUACUUGCCCAGAAGAUCAGUAUCCAAACCAGAAGAGAAAUGGAUGCAUCCCCAAAGUUAUACAUUUUUUGUCCUAUGAAGAACCUUUAGGGAUCACUUUAGCCUCACUUAGUGUCUUGUGUUCUUUGAUUACUGCUUUGGUGUUGGCUAUUUUUAUCCGGCACAAAGAUACCCCCAUAGUCAUCGCCAACAACCGAGAUCUCACCUACACUCUCCUGGUCUCCCUCCUGCUCUGCUUCCUCUCCUCUUUGCUUUUCCUCGGCCAGCCUGGGAAACUGACCUGUCUUCUCCAACAACCUGCUUUCAGCAUCAUCUUCUCUGUUGCUGUUUCUUGUGUGUUGGCCAAGACCAUCAUUGUUUCUCUAGCAUUCAUAGCCACAAAGCCAGGAUCUAAGAUGAAGAAAUGGGUGGGAAAGAGACUGGCCCAUUCUAUUGUCCUUUUAGGUUCCCUCAUUCAAGUUGGUAUCUGUACUCUGUGGCUGACAACGUCUCCCCCCUUCCCUGAUCUAGACAUGAAAUCAGUAGCUGAAGAAACCAUUGUGCAAUGUAAUGUUGGGUCUGUCACCAUGUUCUACGGUGUCUUAGGCUACAUGGGACUCUUGGCCCUCACCAGCUUCAUUGUGGCCUUCCUGGCCCGCAAGUUACCUGACAGUUUUAAUGAAGCCCAGUUCAUCACCUUCAGUAUGUUAGCAUUUUGCAGUGUUUGGGUCUCUUUUGUUCCCACCUACCUGAGCACAAGAGGGAAACACAUGGUGGCUGUGGAGAUCUUCUCCAUCUUGGCCUCCAGUACUGGGUUACUGGGUUGUAUCUUUUCCCCAAAAUGCUACAUCAUUGUGCUGAGGCCUGAACUGAACAGCAGGGAUCAAUUAAUACGAAGAAAGAUUUAA